AUUACUUCUGUAUGUUCAAGUCUACGACAACGGCCAUGCUGGCAUUAAUCGUCAGUGAAUGUGUGGUUAUUGCUAUGUUUAUAUCGUGGUUCAUCUGGGCAACAAGAGAGCUAGAUAUCUUCAAGCGACUGGUUGAGCUCAUAUUAUCUGCCAGGAGACACGAUCUGAUAGCAUCUCAUCCAUUUCACGAUUCAACGAAAACUUCACGCCAAUUCCGAUAUGCAAAUUCUUCCUGAUACUCUCCAAAUCACUGGUCACUUCCGCGUCAGUGUCAACGGCCAUAUUCAACCGACGUGAAAGCAAGAAUACGACUCACUAUGCAGUAGUGGAAUUUGCUCUAUCAUUCAG